AUCUGAAAUUGAGUUUGUUUUUUAUGGACCCAAUUGUAAAAAUUAGCAUAUUGAUUGAUUGUGCUAUCCAAGUUUUUUUCUUCUUUUUUUUAAAGGGGUAAGAGGGGAGGUGAUGACGGGAAUCGAACUCUUACUGAUAAGCUUCGGGAGUGUUGACUUGCAUAGUAAUUAUUGAUGGAACCUAACCGCCCAAUAUCUAGCAACGAUUAUGCCGCUGAUAUCUCUUCCAUCAGACAAGCUCAAGUACGCAUCAAGCCCUUUGCGCACAAAACUCCUGUUCUCACAUCAGAAACUUUAGAUUCUAUUGCUGGAAGAAAGUUGUACUUUAAAUGUGAAUGCUUUCAGAAAGGGGGAGCUUUUAAAUUCCGAGGGGCAUGCAAUGCAAUUUAUUCACUUGAUGAUGAUCAGGCUGCUAAAGGAGUUGUAACUCAUAGCAGUGGAAAUCAUGCUGCAGCUCUUGCUUUGGCUGCAAAACUACGGGGCAUCCCUGCUUAUAUAGUCAUACCAAAAAAUGCUCCAAAAUGCAAAGUUGAGAAUGUCAAACGUUACGGUGGUCAGGUUAUCUGGAGUGAGCCAUCGAUGCAUUCCCGAGAGGAUACUGCAAACAAAGUGUUGCAAGAUACCGGUGCUGUUCUUAUUCAUCCCUAUAACGAUGGGCGCAUUAUAAGUGGGCAGGGUACAAUAUCACUAGAGCUUCUGGAACAGGCUUCUGAAAUCGACACUUUAAUAGUCCCAAUUAGCGGUGGUGGUCUGAUAUCGGGGGUUGCAUUGGCUGCCAAGGCCAUUAAUCCCGCCAUUCACAUUUUUGCUGCCGAACCAAUGGGAGCGGAUGAUGCUUUCCAGUCGAAGAUCAAUGACAGGAUCACUAAGUUAACCGAGGUCAACACUAUUGCCGAUGGUCUUCGAGCUUUUCUUGGAGACCUCACAUGGCCUAUCGUCCGCGAUCUCGUGGAUGACGUCAUAGUUGUUGAUGAUGAAGAGAUAAUACAAGCUAUGAGACUUUGCUAUGAAAUUCUAAAGAUUGCAGUGGAACCAAGUGGAGCUAUUGGCCUUGCAGCUGUUCUUUCUGAUAGUUUUCAGAAAAAUCCAGCCUAUAGUAAAUGCAAUAAUAUUGGCAUUGUAAUUUCCGGAGGCAAUGUUGAUCUUGGUGUGCUCUGGAAUUCCUUUAAUAAAUGAGAAACUCUGUAUUCAAUCUCUCCCCUCAUUGGAACAAACUUUUAUAUGAUUCAUGUAUUCUCGUAGCUUCUUGUUCUUUGAUUUUUGUUUCACAUUAUUUGGUAUUUUACUGUUCUUUUGUUCUGAAUGCUCUGUACCGCUUUCCUUAUUAGUUGUCAUUUUUCCGCUACUGUCAUAUUUCCUUUUUUAUAACUGCUUGCUUUGCUGGUCUUGAGCCGAGGGUCUUUCAGAAACAACCUCUUUACCUCCAAGAGGUAUGGGCAAGGUCUGCUACACUCUACCGUCACUAGACCCCACUUGUGGGAUUACACUUGGUAUGGAAGUUCCAUCCAAUAUUGAAUCAAUUUCUGUGUUUUAGCUGCCGAGUAAUGGUGUAUCUUUCUGCUCAGAGACUAUAUGUUCUUGGCACCCAUAAAGGUGUAAAAAUUAUCUGAAGUUGAGUCUGUUUUUCAUGGACCCAAAUGGUUUCUUGAGUUGAUUCAGCAAAGUCGAGAAUGUCAAAUGUUAUGGUGGUCAGGUUAUCUUGAAUGAGCUAUCGAUGCAGUCCUGAGAGGAUACUGCAAAUAAGGUGUUGCAAGAUACCGGUGAUGUUCUUAUUCCUUCCUCUAAUGAUGGGCGCGUUAUAAGGUUACAUUGUUUUUCUUUAUCAUUUUUGAAUAGAUGAUAGUUGGUUCCACUCUGUCAUUAUCCCAGAUAUAGUAGUAAUUCUGAUACAUGUAUCAUUAUUGAUACUUGUAUCAUAUAAAUUCUUGUUUUCUCAUACAUAUUGUGGCAAAAUACAAUAAGUAUAUACAUUCAAGAUUAUUUUUUUCAAUAAACCCUGUCUGUAUCAUAUUUGGGUAAUUUCUAGAAGUUUAUAGUGUAGGGAUAAAUUACCUUCUUCUUCGAAGUUCUAGAUUUGGAAGAAUCGUCUUCAACUACACUUUUUCCCUUGCUAGCAUGGGUCGAAAUUCCUUUUUUUCCCUUUUCGAUACAUGUAUCCUGAACAACCUCUUUCCUUUGCUUAUUAUCGAUACUUGCAUCUGCUGCAGCAACUUUCAAUUUCUUUGAUUUUGUCUUUUCAUCAAAUGACCACAUUUUUAUGGGAUCAUUGUGGAACUUAGUUCUCCUUUCGGCUUCUAAAGCAGCAACAACCUCUGCAUUGUCUUCUUCGUGAGUGAAAAUGCACAAAUCAAAGGAUGGACGAUCGUGGUAAGAAUGUUGGUUAGAGGGUAUUGUUGGGAAAACGCAGACUAACGCAAAUAUAUAUAUGUGGUCAAAAUAAUAGAAAUAAAAUGGGAAAAAUGACACCAAGAAUUUUACGUGAAAACCCUUUUAAAUAAGGGAAAAACCACUGGCCAAGAGGAGCAAAUGUUGAAUCCAACAUUUGGUGACAACUUUCUUUUCAACAUUUGCUACAUUUGUUGAAUUCAAAAAAAUGGGGCUGCAACUUAUUGACUUUGAAAAAUGGGGCUGGACUCCACAAGUAUACUCAAGUAAGCCUCUUAGGAGUAGAAGCUUCUACCAUGGAUACACAAAGAAACCCCUAAAAUAAUUCAAAUUAAUAACUUAGAGUCUGAAAAUCAGUAGAAGAAACUAUUAGAUACACAUAACCAACAUAUUUGUGCAAAACUGUCACUUAACUGGAAAAAUCACGAGAAGAAGCAAAAUCGCGCGAGAGAGAAUGGGAGCAGAAUCACAUGCAAUGUGAGUUUGAAGCAAUUUAAGGAAAGUGGAUUUGGUAAGAGUGUUUUAAGCCUUAAAAGGGGAAAGGAAACUCGCCGGCUUGCUAUAAAAUGGUAACAAACGCUAUAUUUGGUGAUAUUUUAGAUCUAUAGCUAUGUAUUGUAGAUUUAGUAGAUAUGUUUUCUUAGUUAGGGAACUAAGUUAUAAGAGUGAAGAAGUGGGGUAGACCCAUUUAUUCUUAUCCACAUAUUAGAAUAUGAGAUAUACUAGGGUAAGAAAGCUCUUGAUUCUUUGGAAAUAUACUUUUUGCUUGAAGGAAGGGGCUGGGACUUUAGUUGAGCCGAUAGUGAAGCUCUCGUCAAUUUAAGCUUCAGCUACGCGAUCGUUAACUUCCAUACUAAUUAUUGAUGGAACCGAAUCACAGAAUAUCUAGUGACAGUUAUGCUGCUGAUAUCUGUUCCAUCAGGGAAGCUCAAGUACGCAUCAAGCCCUUUGUGCAACAAACUCCUGUCCUCACCUCAGCCACUUUAGAUUCUAUUGAUGGAAGAAAGUUGUACUUCAAAUGUGAGUGCUUUCAGAAGGGGUGAGAAGUUCUUUAACGCAGAACAGAACGGAUUUUUGGUAGAUUUGAUAAGCCUUUAUUGCUAUGGUUGAGUUACAUUGUAGGUGAUUUCACUUGCUUUGAGGUGGCAAUAUGAUUAUUUCUCUAUCCAUUUUUGUAUUGUAAUGAUUGAUCAUUUGAUUGAUUUUUCUAGUAGAAAUAGAAAAAACAAGUUCUAUAA